AUGUGGAACUCUGCGGAGAACGCCUUCGCCAGAUCGGCCUCCUUCAGGGAGCAAGGGGAAGACGAGGAGGCGCUGCGCUGGGCGGCGCUGGAGAGGCUCCCUACUUAUAAACGAGCGCGCCGGGGAAUCUUCAAGAAUCUCACUGGUGACAUGAAGGAGAUCGACGUUAGAGAUCUCCAGUCGCAGGACCAGCGCCUUCUUCUUGAAAGGCUCGUCGACUGCGUCGACAAUGAUCCUGAGAUCAUCUUCCACCGCAUGAGAAGUCGAUUCAACGCAGUAGGUUUGGAGUUUCCGAAAAUUGAAGUUCGAUUUCAGAACUUGACUGUUGAGACUUACGUACAUGUCGGUAGCAGAGCUCUGCCAACUAUUCCUAAUUUCAUUUGUAACAUGACGGAGGCUCUUUUAAGGCAGUUGCUGAUAUACAGAAGGAAGAGAAGCAAAUUGACAAUUCUAGCGGACAUCAGUGGGAUUAUUAGACCUUCAAGGCUAACGUUGCUAUUGGGUCCGCCAAGCUCCGGAAAAACAACACUACUAUUAGCACUUGCUGGUAGGCUAGGACCCGGGUUGCAGAUGUCUGGGAACAUUACAUACAAUGGACAUGGUCUGAAAGAGUUUGUUCCUUAG